GCUGUCGACGCAAGGUGAAGUUGGUGGAGAGGUAACCGGUCGACUUGUUGACUGCUAACGUGUCGGUUGUUUGUUGGUUUGGUAUCCUUUUAGUUGAAUAUUUGUAAAUUGUUUUGAAUAUCGAUAAAUACACAUAUUUUCAUAAGUUUAUAAAUAUUUUUAUCAUGAUAAAACCAAUAUACCUACUUGUUUUACUUUUAUGUCUCACAAGAUACUGUAAUUCAACUUUAUUUGAAUCUGAUUCUUGUUAUUCUUUUGGAAGCGGCAAUGUAUUUCCCGGUGGAGCUAGAAAAAUCGACCACAAACUACAAUUUACUAAGGCUAUGAUUUCAAAACCAGCCCCUGAGUGGGAAGCUACAGCUAUUGUAAAUGGAGAAAUCACCCAAUUAAAACUAUCAAGCUUCAGAGGGAAAUAUUUAGUAUUUUUCUUUUAUCCUCUAGAUUUCACUUUUGUAUGCCCUACUGAAAUUUUGGCUUUCUCAGAAAGAAUUGAAGAGUUCAAAAAACUUAAUACUGAAGUAGUGGCGUGUUCUGUUGACUCCCAUUUUACACAUUUAGCAUGGAUUAAUACCCCCCGUAAGGAAGGUGGACUUGGUAAAAUUAAUAUUCCACUUGUGAGUGAUCUGACACAUUCUAUAGCUAAAGAGUAUGGUGUAUAUUUAGAAGAUUUAGGACACACAUUACGAGGUCUCUUUAUUAUUGAUGAUAAGGGGGUUCUGAGACAGAUAACUAUGAAUGACUUGCCAGUUGGCAGAUCAGUUGAUGAAACCCUGAGGUUGGUCCAAGCCUUCCAAUAUACUGACAAGCAUGGUGAAGUCUGUCCAGCUGGAUGGAAACCAGGUCAAGACACUAUUAUACCAAACCCAGAAGAAAAAAGAAAGUACUUUGAGAAAGUCUCCCAUAACUGAUGGAGCCAUUAUUUCCUAUUUAAAAGACACUUAAUAUUUAUCUUUUAAAGUUUUGUUUAUAAAUACUGUGCAAACUAUGAAAGGUAACUUAAUUUAAUGUGAUUUAACUCCCUUAAAUGUUGAAAUAAUUUAACUAGUUGGUUUCCCUUGAACACACAAUAUAAUGUUGCUGGCCAUAGAACAACUCUAUAACACCAGGAAUUGCAGGCCCUUGCUAUUUAGGAUUUACACUAGUUUUUUGCCUUUCAAGACUACUAAAUAUGAUAAAAUGGUGUGAAAGUUUAUUGCAUUUAUGUUUAUAAUAUAAAGUUUAGGUCACAAAUUAUAAUUCCCUAUAUUUUCAACAACAUGUUAUUUCAAUUUCAAAUUCAAUUUGCAUAAUAAUAAGGAAACUACGAAAAAGUUAUUAAAUAUGUCAACUUUUUUACAUACUUGUAUAUAAUUAAUUAAUUAGUACAAGGUGUUUUAACGAAAGCACUUUAUUUUCGUAACUAAUUUAUUAGUAGUUUGUACAUUGAAGUCAUCACGAUUAAUUAU